AUGGACGAGUAUUCCAUUGACCUAGCAGAGUUAACAAAAUCCCUUGACCUUAUCAUAUUGCAAAAGACUUAUAAUGCCGCCUCAAAUAACCUCGCAUGGCCACUACUCCAACGGUACAUGAUACGACAUAUUUUCAAAAUCCUCACCACCGACUUUUCUCUCCCAUUGACCACGAUGAUUUACAACCCGUUGAUGGUGAUCCCCACCGGUAAUCCAGAUAAUGGUUUUUCAAAUACCUCUCAUGAAACCAUUGAGGGCAUGGCCACUCGGAUCUGCGAACAUUUGGAAGUACAAUUCCCGCGAUCCCCACCAUUCACCAUCUUAAGACUAGCAGAAACCUUAAUGGACCCAACGCUAUACUAUAAAGAAGACGAACCACAAAAGUUCCUUAGAUCGUUGGAGAUCUUGGUAUACGUGCAAAGCAGCGUGGCAGAGUUUCCUGAAUUGAAAAGACCUUCCGCCACAGAAAAAGUACUACUCGAAGAUGAUAACAACAGCAAUAAUAAUAAAAAUAAUAAAAAUAAUAAUGGUGAUGGUGAUGACGGGGGAAAAACUGCCAAUAGUUCUGAUCCAAUGGGGAAGAUCGAGCCCAUCAAGAUGGAACCUAUUCCUUGGAUCACAGAAACCCACUUGAAAGAAAUCGAAGAGGAUCAAGAACGGGAAAGAGAAGAAGCCCAACGAGAAUUAGAAGCUGAAGAUGCCGUGGAAGUGGAGGGUCAAGAACAAUCAGACCAGCACCAUCAGCCUGAAAAAGAAGAAGACCAAAAUAAUAGCCAUAAUAAUGAAGCUGAUGAAGAUGAUGAUGUUAAAACUCCUGAAGAUGAAAACCAAGCAACAAUGCUUGGAGAAGGAAAUGAUGGAGAUGAUAUUGGUGAAUUCUCGAAUGAUAAUGAUAAUUUGAAUACUGAUAAUCCCGAUGAUGUCAACAAUUCAUCUUCCAAGUCAGUAAUGGUUGAUGCUGAAAGCAAUGAAAGGGAAACCAUCGAAACUUCGUUAUCUGAGGACAAUAACCAAACCCUUGAAGAAUCAGAGGUAAUGGAUACUUCUGCAAACGGAUCGCUUGAAGAUAUUGAUAUGGUAGAUUGA